AUGACAAAAAAAGCUCAAGUACUCAGUCGUGUUGCUUCACAACCAGAUGCUUUGGAAGAAGAAGCAAGUGGAGACGAUAACGAUGGCAAUAGUGGUCGUAGAAGUCGAAGUGGUGUUACCAUGUCAACUACAACAAAUAAUAAAUUUGUAACACAAAAAACAAGUAAAAGAGGUUUCAGUUUCAACGACGAUGACGAAGAAGAUGAGGAAGAGACACAGACGGGUACUGAUCAUUUUGGGAGAAGUGGAUCAUUUAGAAAAACUGUGAGACGUCGAAGUCCAGGUGGUGCUCAGAACGAGGAAAGCCGUUCACCGGUCACCAGUUCUGCUUCAGAUGGUAGUAACAGUGCAGGAAGUAACUACACAACCACAGUUCCCAAUGAUGUCUUGCGAGAUUUGACUUCAUCUAUAAAAGGACAAAUCUCAGAUCUUGGUAGAUCAGUGAUGUCAAUGGCACGACAAACAAAAGAACUGAUGAAACAAAAGAAGCUAGACUAUGAAACUGAUCCAAAUGGUACAUAUUUGAAAGAGCUUAUGUAUGAGGGACACAAUUUGUUAUUGUUGCCGGGCGUAACAUCAGCAGAUUUUGGAAGAAAUGUAUUAUCUGAAUUAUUCAGUGAUGAUGAAUUGGCUUCACAUACAAUGCCAUCAUUACAUCGUCGUAAACGUCGACCAAGUGCCAUCCAAAAUAGAUUUUGUAUAUCACAAAAGUUUUUUACCACUUAUUAUGAAUUGCGACUUGUGAAAACAUUUAGAGACAAAUGUUCUAAUGUAAAAGGGAAAGUUCGUCGACAACAUUCAUCGACUCGUGCUGCUACGGGGGGUCUUGAGGAUGAUGGUGGUCGUGGUGUUAAUCAUGAAAAUGACGGUGGUAAUGGAGGAGGUUUUUAG